CGAGACGUGGAUAUUUUAAGUAAUAUUUGUAUUUGGGGGUGGAUACAUUCAAACUUUAUUCAUUCAUCUGAAUAAUGAAGACUGUGUGAAGCAUAGUACAGAGUUACCAUGGAUAUAGAUAUUUAAUGAUAUAUUAGAAAUCGGACGAGUUUGUUUUAUCUGACGCAAUAAUGGCCGAGUUGUCUUAAACUGCACAUGGCCAUAAUGUUUACCGGUUAGAACACACGUAUAUACAAGUUAAAGGGUAGCGAUGACCGACCAAGAAAAUUCCAGUAAACAGGGAGAGGAACAAGACAGGACAGAUCCCGAAUACGGUUACAAAUGGUUUCCUGAAAGAGGAAAGGAACGGUCACUGUACGAAAAGGCUCUGUACGGCGGACAGACUAGAAAAUGUGAAAUAAAUAUCGCAAAAUGCUUGAAACAAGAUAGGACAAUAUCCAUUAUUUUGAAAGCAUUGGAAAGCUAUGGCUGCAAAUUUGAUAAACGCCACUUCACCUGUGAAAAUUGUAUAGAAGGACAGGCAGCAUAUGACUAUCGGUCAAGGCAGGUUGUCUUUUGCCAGAACAAAGUGAAGUCUAACGGCUACUGCCCUAUAUUAGGGCAUGAACUGAUUCAUGCAUUUGAUGAUUGUCGGGCUAAAAUAGAUUAUAAAAAUAUUGACCAUAUAGCAUGUUCUGAGAUUCGUGCUGCAAACCUUACACAAUGUGAUUUCUUCCAUGGUUUGAUGUGUGGUGUUGUGACUCCAGGCCUGGAUAAUAGUCAAAAGGACUGUGUACGGGGUCAUGCCAUGUUCUCCCUAAUGAUGAGUCGUAAUCUAUCCCAGGAGAAAGCUUUGGAAGCUAUUGACAGGGUAUGGGACCGUUGUUACAAUGAUUUAGAGCCAAUUGGUCGACGAUGUAGACACAAUGUUAACGACAGAAUUUUAGCCUCUGAAGAAGGUGCACAAGUAGAAAUUUAACAAAAAUUCUAUAUAUAGAUUUUAUAUGUUUUAAUAAAUUUUUGUCUGUGAUUAAGAA